AUGGCAGCGCAAGGUGACUUCGUGGAGCGUCGCGAUGGUCAGAGUCAGGAGAGAAAGGUCUUCCUCAUCAGAGGGACAGACCUAGAGGUUGGCGGCGAGUCUAUUUCGUCCGAAUGGACAACAGACUCGGAAGCUGAGCAGGCCCUGCAGGCUCAGCAGGGAAGCCGAGGGCUGCUGGAGGAAAAGCAAAAUCGCAAAAAGCGCAAGAAAAGAGCUUGGCGCCUAAAGUACUUGCUGCCCCGUCCCGAAAGCGACAGCGAUAGUUCUUCGAGUCGUGCAAGCAGCAGCACCAGCAGCGACACCUCCAGCAGCACGGAUGGCGGUCAGAUCGGAAGCUUCAAGCGGCAGCGACAGCAGGUGCAGCAGCAGUGGAAUCUCAUCAAAGGAAAAGCGUCAAAUUUCUCGCCGCCCUCUGAAAGCCCACCGCUGCUGUCAUCGGACUGCGGCGACAGGCAGAGACUGGCAGAACGAUUCGAGCCAGAGCGGCAUCGGCGCGGAGAGUUGUACUGGUUCGAUGCCCCAAAAAAGUACCGAGGCUUCGCACUGGCACCGGCAUUUUUGCGCCAAGACGAGAUUGAGGCCAUUGCUGCCGCUGCCAAGCACAGCUCGGUGAAGGAGAUCAAUGACCGAAAGGGCUAUUUGGCUUUUAAGCACAGGGUCUGGCGUUUCGAGCUCCAGCUCCGCUCCCUCUACCCUGAGCUUUAUGCCCGGCUGAUGGCCCUGAUGCGCAGCGCAGACGAGGCACAGUGGCAGCGGCUGUCAAAGUCAAAGAAAGUCUACCCGGAGGUGGAGUACAUCGAGUACGACGUGGAUGAAAUGGGAGAACCUUGCUUCAUCGAACCACACGUUGACAACAAGUCUGCUGUGACAAUGGUAGCAAUGCUGUCUGCACCGGAUGCCUACGUCGGCGGCCGAAGCUGCUUUCGCAGGGCUGCAGGAAGUCGGGGCCACCGCGAGGUUACACUCCAAAAAGGGGACGUCGUGCUUUUCCGUGGCGAGAAGCUCGUCCACUGGAUAACGCCCGUGACAGCCGGCCGGCGAGUCAUUCUGCAGAUUGAGCUAUCGCGUGUUUGA